AUGGCGACCAGAGCAAAGAAUGGCAAUAAUGGAAAUAGUGGGAAAACGCCAGAAAGAAACAACAGUGAAAUGAAUACGAGAUUGGAUCAGCUGACAGAUUUGAUAGUCUCCUUCCAAGAAGAUGGAAAAUGGUUGUCACAAAAAUUGAGGAAAGAAAAAGAAUCUAGGACGAUAACACAAAUUAGAGGAAAAAAGGAGAUUAUAACAGACGAAAAUAAAAUAGAAAAAUCGUUCUUAAAAUAUUACGAGAAAUUAUAUAAAGAAGGAGGUAAAUCGGUACAUCAAAUAGAACAAUACUUAAAGGAUACGAUAACUCCAAGGAUAAGCGUAGAAGACUUGGAGGAAUUAAAUAAAAACAUAACAGAGGAAGAGAUUACAAGUGUUAUCAAUAACUUACAGGAAGAUAAGGCCCCAGGACCGGAUGGCCUGACACCAAAAUACUAUAAAAAAAUGAAAGAAACCAUAUUACCAAAUAUGACAGAACUGUUUAAUGAAGUGCUUGAAGGGAAAGGAAUACCAAAGUCAUGGGAGGAAGCCUUCAUCACUUUGAUACCAAAAACCCAACAAGAAGUACUGGAAGUAUCAAGCUACAGACCCAUAUCUCGUCUUAAUGUAGACUAUAAGGUAUUUACAAAAAUUCUAGCAGAAAGAUUAAAAAAGAAAUUUUUGAAAGAAUACAUUGGAGAAGAUCAGCUUUUAAGGAACCCGUCCCACACUAUUUUGAGGAAAUGGGAAUAUUAUGAGAGUGAGCAUCAGAAGCUUGCUGGGCUAGAUAAAAAGACGAAUAACCAAGAGUUUCCAGUUUUCCUGCUGUCUGCCCGAAUAAUAAGAGCCAUUAAUAUUUCUUCUAGAGAUUCAUUGUCUGCAUCUGAUUGUUAUGUGACCUUGAGUCUGCCGACAGCAACACAAGAGCAAUUCAGAACCAAAACCAUCAAAAACUGUGACACUCCAGUCUGGAAUGAGACUUUCUACUUUAGAAUUCAACCUAAGCUCAAGAAUAUCUUACAGUUGGAGGUGUGGGAUGAUGAUCCAUUCACAAAAGAUGAGUCAAUAUUUAUUGUUUAUUUUGACUUAACAAGAGUCCAGCCUGGAGGAACAGUCCUUGAAUUGUUCUGCUUAAAACCAAAGAAAGAAGACUCGGUUUAUAAUCAAGAAUGUCUGGAAGUGGAAUUCAAGUUGUCAGCGAUUCCAGGACCUUCAGAGCAUCUGAUUUCCAAUGGAGUUCUGGUGGCCCGUGAACUUUCCAUCUUGGAAGUAAGGGUGGAUGAGGUUGAGAAUGAGAAGCUUUUGGAAGCCAAGAAAAAUGUGGUACUUACAGUACAAGAGUCUUAUGAAGGAACACAAAAGACAACUAAAGAUUUACACUGUUUCCAGUUCCACUGCAUAAAGAACUGGGAACCUGUGUUAAAAGUCAAAUUUCAGAGUAUUGAAUGUGCAAAGGACAGUGAUUCAAAUUAUUAUUUAAUUCUACCUUUGAAGUGCCUUCCAAUGGGACAAAAAGUCGAACUAGACCUACUAACAGAAAGGGGUGAGGCUUUGAAAUUGCACCUCCAGGUAAUUGGCUGGACUCCGAAUCUUGAUGUGCGUUUGGAUUAUGAGUUAUGUGCUGAGGAGCAGGAUUUCCUGUGCAAAAGGAAGAAGGUGGUGGCAGAUGCCUUGAGUAAGCUUUUUUACCUGAGAAGAAAUCUACUUGAGCAUGAGGUCCCUGUGAUAGGUGUUACGGCAACAGGAGGUGGAGUCAGAGCGAUGGUGGCAUUGUAUGGCCAUCUGCUAGCACUCCAGAAGUUAAAGAUUUUAGAUUGUGUUACCUAUAUCACCUCUGCUUCUGGAUCAACGUGGACCUUAACAGACUUGUAUCAACAACCUGAGUGGUCACAAACAUCUUUAGAACUGUUCAUCGAAACAGCUAAGAGCAGGAUCAUGAGGAGCAAAUGGGAUGUUAUUUCCAUCGACCGGCUGAAAUAUUUUCACAAGGAGUUGACUGAACGAAUUAGGAGGGGACAUCUCAUAUCAUUUACAGCUCUCUGGGGUCUUGUUCAGGCAGCUUUCUUAAAUGAAAUACCAAAAAACAGGAAAAUUACAGAACAACGUAAGGCUUUGAAUGAAGGACAGAACCCUUUUCCUAUCUAUGCAGCCAUAAAUGUCAAAGACAAAUACAUCAGCACCUUUGACUUCAGAGAAUGGAUAGAGUUCAAUCCUUAUGAAGUCGGUUUUCAGAAAUAUGGUGCCUAUGUUCGUGCAGAAGAUUUUGAUAGUCAGUUCUUCAUGGGAAAGCUGGUAAAGAGGUUCUCAGAGUCUGACAUUUGUUAUAUGGAAGGUAUCUGGACUAAUAUUUGCUCCCGCAAUUUGCUGGAUGGUUUGUACUGGUCGUCAACACCGGAUGAAUUUUGGGACCGAUGGGUCAGAGACUUGACAGAAAAAAAUGAUGAAAAUAGCUUAGAAGAUGGGUACAAAACUGUCUAUAAGCCUCCCUGCUCUGCUGCUGGAAAUCUCUGUGAAAUCUUUAAUGACAUUUUAACUGAUCGUCCUUUAAAAGGGGCAAGCCGUAACUUCCUAGAAGGUCUUGAAUUUGAUAGUGACUACUUGAAUCAGAAAAAAUUUACCAAGUGGAAAGAUACCGUGUUAGAUGGCUGCCCAGGCAAGCUGACACCAGUGGAGAAAUCCCUCUGCUUAAUAGAUAUUGGGUAUUUUUUGAACAACAGUGCACCACCACUUCUCAAGCCUGAGAGGAAUGUAGAUGUCAUCAUCAUAGUGGAUUAUGAUUGUUUUGAUGUAUUUAAGGAAGCAGAGAUGCUGGCAAAAUACUGCGGUGUGCAAGGAAUCCCUUUCCCCAAAAUUAACGUGACUGAGGAAGACAGAAGAAAUCCCAAGGAGUGCUACAUGUUCUCAGACGAAGAUAACCCCAAAGCUCCAAUAAUAGUUUAUUUCCCACUGGUAAACUGCAGUUUCAGAGAGUGCAAGGCACCAGGAGUGAAACGCACGCCUGCAGAAAUGAGUGGAGGUGAAGUAAAGAUAGGCAAGGACGACUCACCUUAUGCAACCAAAAAUCUAACUUACUCCACAGAAGAGUUUGACAAGCUGCUAAACUUAGCUACCUACAACGUCCUCUGCGGCAAAGAUCUGAUCUUACAGAGCAUCGAGAAGGCAGUGCUGAAGAGGCAAAAAGUUGGGCUUGACAGUUCAGUCUAGAGACUAAUUGUUUUCUGGGUUGAGAUGAUGGUAAGGAGCUGUCAUUGUGUUAUGCAAUUUUGGGUGACCAUCCGGCCAACCUGAGAUGAUGGUUUCCAAAAUGCUUAUUUAUGAAGACGACCAGGCACUGGCAGCAUGAGGCAGUCGACUGAUGCUGAUGUAAGUUGAGGCUUGCUUGAAUGGUUCACUCUGUGGGGGAACGUUUUGGCGCCCCCUGCGUGACCACGUGAUGGUUGUACCCCAUGUCCCUAGGCAGAUAGGCAUUUGCAUAUGUCAUAUGUGUAUUUCCAUUUCUCUUAUGUUGAAAAUAAUUGGGUUGGAUCUUACCAGCUUUCCCACUGAUGCAAGGGGGAAGACAGGAAAUCUGUCUGACUUCCCCUCCUUAAUGUAUCUCUGUCCUGCAUCUUGAGAUUCCCACAAACCUUUUUCAGGGGUGAAAAUGGUUCACAUUCUAUUUCUGUUAGUGGAAAAGCUGGUAGGAUCUAUACCAUUAUUUCUUAGAUAUAUUUGACCCUUAGGGUUGUCACAUUUCAGACAUGAAUUAUAUUAGAUUUGUUACAAUAAUUUAGAAUUACAUCAUUAAAUGUUGCAACUUUGAUGCAUUAUUUAUAAUAUUUCCUCGCUUGCACUGUCUCUUUAUGCAUGUUUAAUUUGCGUUAUGCAUUAUUAAUUUAUAAUUAAUAGAUCAAAUUCAGUCCAGUUGCUUAUGUUUGAAAGGACUUGUAGCUUAAUCCCUAAUUUGGAUAUCUCAGAUGCAAGUUAAUACAUGUUUUUUGCCUCUUGAAACAUUGAAAAAUGUAAUCAGUGGUAGAAAAUGGAAUGUUAAUGAAUACCUCAUUUGGUUGCAGAACAAAUAUUGCACAUAUGUUAUGAGAAGGACUUUGCUCAAGCAAUGAAGUACACUUUCUGCAGGUAGGAAGCUCAGAUUCAACUGCUUCAACUGGCAAAGAGCCCUCUCUGUCCAAGAACCUCAUGAGCUGGGUGUGAGAACAGCUUCCAGUUAGAAUUAAUUAAGUACUAUGCUACAUAACAAUUAAUCUGACUUCAUAUAUAAGGACAGUUCUCAAUGUGCUUUUAAUCAGCUGAUUCUCUAAGUGAUGGUAGCUGGAAACAGGAAGGGAGGGGAAAGUAACUUGGCAGAAUAGCCAAAUAGUGUGGAGGUGAUGCUGUCAGUACUUUUUCCCUGUCUGACUGCUUUGCCAUCUCAACUCAUUCUGCUGGUGACAAAAUGAGGUCCACUCUAUCCCCACAUGAAUGAUGUCAUUAGCAGUUUGAUGUAGCAUGGCUUUCGAACACUGUGUUGGAAGUAUAUUGAUGCCUACUCUCAUCUUUUACAAGUUGUUGCACACAACUGGCGAUUGAAAUUUUAUAAGAAAAAUAUUUUACAGAAUGUAAUGGACAAUAGUGACGUUGAUUAGUUUAAAAGCCUUUAGACAAGGAAACUGUCAGCUUCCUCAUACUGAAUAAAAUCUGGCUUCUGUAUGUGUGAAAUAUGUUACCAUGAAUUUAAAAGUACACUUUAAAGUACAGUCAAAUCAUGUGUCUCUAACAGGCCACCCCAGAUGGAGGGGGUGAAUCCAUGUAUGGGAGCGGUGGAGGCUUGUGCCAGAGUGCCUACAGUGGCGGGGAGAACAGGGAUGCUGGCAUGAAGGUGCUAUUCAGCUCUGCAGCAGCCAAACCUGGAAGUUAUAACUGCUGGGGAUUUACGCCGGAGCAGGCCAGGCCAAUCCUGGAGGUGGAGCCGACUUCCAUCAGCUUCCACCACCCUUCCAGCCUGGGAAUACUGUCCUCUGUGGCCACAGGCUUACACUACCAAAAAACGUGGUGUGAGCCUAUUUAGUCUAACAGGCAAUCUGAGCAGCAGGAGAGUUUUUUAAAUUCCCUCCUUUCUGUGUAACCCAAAGCCCCUUUGGAGGCGGUGUGCCACUGCCUUCACCGUGCUGUCCCCAGCUGCUGCAGCCCUCCCCUCACAUCGGCAUUAGGCUGCCUAGCGCAUAAACUAUUAGAAACCAGGGUAAAUGAGUUUAGCCCUUCAGGAAUUAUUGGGGUUAAUUUGAUUUAUACAAUUUCAGAAUCUAAUCCAAAAGUAUCUGCACAUUUUUUUAAAAAAAUCCACAUACCAUCCAGAAAAGGUAUAUUUUCAUCCUCUUAUUGUACUAGAAUUCAGACAUACAAAACAAGGGAAUGUCAAUUGAAUUGUUAGGUACCCAGCGGAAAACAAGUAAAUAUGGUAAUUUAGUUGCUUAGGUAAUAAAAUGCUGUAACUAAAUGGUUUUAAAAUAGGGCACAUAUAUACUGAAAGAUAUUCCAUUGAGUAUAAAUGACAGUAUUCAAUCUUGAAGCAUUAAUUCAAAAGGUGGAAUAGCAACAACAUGUACAUAAGAGCCUGCUGGAUCAGAUGGAGAGGUCUACUAUUCUGCUAUUAUGUUGCUGCUGUGGCCAGCCAAAGAUUUCUGAGAGUCUCAUAUCAGGAAAUAUAAGCAGCAGUGUAAGUAGGAUGUUGCUUGCUGAAUAAGUAUGUUCAGUUUAUCUAUCUUGAAUGUUAGCCAUUGAUAUGCAUCUUACAUGAAUUGGUCUAAUUACUUAAUGUGAAUGGAAGCUUUAACCACUGCAUAACAAACAUAUAAGAGUAGAAAUGGUGUAUGGCAGCAGAUCAAUGAGGAGAUAUUGUCACGGAUAAGAAAUCCAACUUAAUGGAGCAAAUUGUAGGCUUUUACUGUGGAAAAAAAUCUCAUGAAGAAGCAAAAACUGUUAUAUAGGAAGCUGAUCAUGAUUUCACAAUAAAAUUGUGAUAACAGUAAUGAUCGUAUGUGUGGUUCUUUCUAUUGAAGGGAAACACUGAAAGUUUAUACUAGUAAAAGGUCAGAAUA